AGCUAACGUUAGUUGACGCAUUAAUUAGCUAGCUUCGCUAAGUAACUGCAAUGUGGAACUAUUUCUGCAGUUGUAACGGUGUGAUUAACUAAAGUUAGUAGCUACAGGAUCCUAAGUGUAUUUUCCAGUAUUCACUGAGACACACAAAGAGCAAAGUCCUAGCCCCAGAGAUGCCUCCAAAGAAAGCCAAGAGCAGCGGAAGUGCAGCAAGUAGUAAAGCUAGUGGAAAGUCAAAAGAUAAAAAGAGCAAUGCCACAUCACCUGCUGAAAGUGUACCAGAUUCUGGUGCACCAAAUGACAUCUUCCCCAUGGUGCUAACCUCGGCCACGCAGGAACUUUUUGGGUGCCGUGCUGAUGAGGACCUCACCAAAGACAACCUUUACAAAUUCCUCAAAAAGAGUGAGAUUCUUCAGGACAUGAAGACAAGGGCAGCAGUGUCUGAUUUCCACCCUGUCAAGCAGCUGGUGCAGGACUACCCAGCAGAAGAGCUCUUACUUGUCUUUGACAGAGAUUUCAAAUAUGGACAAAGCUUCUAUCUUGUUGUAACAGAAGAAGCAAAGGAAAGGAUCCUAAAUCCUCCAGAGUCCAUAGGUGAAGAAGCUCAGGAGGAGUCCGCGGACGCAUUUUUAUGCAAAACACCAGAACCUAAGCCGUGGGUAUCCCUGGGCAGCGAGUUGGAAAUUGAGGAGGAGUCUACCGUUGAAUCCAGGGAAAGGAUAAAGUACAAGAUCUCAAGGGUGCGGAGACAGUUUGGAGCUCCAAUCCUGUUCUCUGAUCGCAAUGCCUUGGAGACAACGGAUGGAUUCAUAGAAUGCCUUCCGUACCAAGACAAAAAUUUCAGCCUUCUGAUGAUGGAGAGAAACACUGGGAUACAGGCUGUUCCCACCUUAAAGAGCUCUAGCACUCAGACAAAAUGGAAAUAUCCAAAGAAUACGCACACACAGUACAAACCCAGAGAGUUCACAGUGGAAGAGAAAGAGAACUGCUUGAAUUCUGAAGACCUUAAAAAUUUUGUCAAUUUGGUUGUAUCAAGAUUUGAGAUCGCUCUCCAACAAAAUGAGAUCAUGGAUGUGUUCUUUGAUGACUGGCGGGCACUGAGCGAAGAGGAUGUCAUGUUUGGGGGAAAAGCUGACACCCAUCUAAAGGAAUAUCAGUCCUUUACAGAUCUGAAGUUUAGCAAGGAGAAGACCAUCAGCCACAUCAACUGGCACCCCACCAUCAGCGGGGUGAUUGCAGUAGCUGUAACAGAGAGGCUAUCCUUUGAAGAAAGGAUCAAUGGCUCCACUAAGCUGCUUCUAAACCCUUCACUCAUUCUCCUGUGGAGCUUCUCUGAUCCCCUUCACCCCCAGCUGGUGUUGGAGUGCCCAGACGAUGUUCUCUGCUUUGAGUUCUGCCCCUCUGAUCCCAAUGUAAUCGUCGGAGGCUGCAUGAAUGGACAGGUUGUGUUAUGGGACAUCUCAGCUUUUGCAGAACGGCUACACAGCACACGCGGUGGAGGGGGAAAGAGCACCUCAAACGCAAAUACUUUGCCAGGCUUUGAAGAUAAGCAAGAAAAUGAAACUCCUGUUAUGCGCUACUGUGCCGUAUCAGGCAUAGACAAUGGCCACAAAGCACCAGUUACAGAUAUAAAAUGGCUGCCUGAAAACUUUGAGGUCUCCAGAACAGGGGCACCAAUGGAAAACAAGAAUCUAAUUUGUGUGCAGAUUGUCACCUGUGCCCCCGACUGCUCUGUGAUGUUCUGGGAUAUCCGAGCACCAAAGGUCACCACCCAAUCAGUCACCGACAAAAAGCAGAAAGAGGAGGAACUGCACCUGGAGAAUCCGCAUGGUGUGCCAAAUACAUUCAAACACCUGGACCUUUCCUGGAAACCUCUAUUCAGGGUGAACCUUCCAAAGAUAGACACCACUGGUGAAUAUAGCCCUCUGAAAUUCAGCCUGAGGGGCAAUAUCCAGGACGACCUCACAGGCAACGGUGUUGAGAAACCUCUGCAGAAUGUGGAGAACUCAGAAGGAAGAAUUGAAUAUGCACAGUUGAGAGUGCCUUCAGCCAAACAACUUAAAGUACUAGAGGAUGUCAGCACCAAUUUCUAUCUUGGAACAGAAGAUGGAGAGCUGGUAUACACAGACUGGAAAAUGGAAAAGGAUAAUGACUCUGGAAGACUGCACAGUGCCAAGCCCUCUCACUGCUUUAUCGUACAUGAUAGUCCGGUGAACACUGUCCUGCGAUCACCCUUUUUCAAAGACAUCAUCCUGACCGUGGGAGGCUGGACUUUCGCCGUCUGGAAGGAGGGUGUCAUGAAUGGACCUCUCGUCCAGUCGCCUUGCUCUUUGAAGAGAUGCACUGGGGGAUACUGGUCCCUGUCCAGACCAGGAGUGUUCUUUAUUGGGAAAGAGGAUGGAAAUAUUGAGGUGUGGGAUAUGAUGGAGAAGACACAUGAGCCGUCACAGACCCAGAACAUCACCUCCACCCAGAUCACCUGCAUCAAGCCGUGGAUUGUGUCCUCAAAGCAACACCUCUUGGCUGUGUCUGAUCAUUUUGGCACGCUGCACAUUCUAGAGGUUCCACGGAUACUCCGCAAUCCUUUAAGCAAAGAGAAACAACAUAUGGCCAAAUACUUUGAGACGGAGGUGGAGAGGCUGACUUUCUUUGAGAAGCAGAGGGAUAUGAGAGCAAAAGAGAAGAAGGAGAUAGAGGCUGCAGAGCAAAGGGAAAAACAGGGGUCAGUAACGCCAGAUAUGGUCGUGGAGCAGAUUGAGGAGGAGGCCCUGAAGGAGUAUCAGGAUUACCUGGCCCUGGAGAAGGUUAUUCUAAAGGACAUGGGUCUUCUUCCAGAGCAGCAAGAAAAGUCUUCUGCUGAAAUAUAAUAUCUAUGAUAUCUACA